AUGUGGCUUCUCAGCACCGACCGAGCCGAACUCCAAUUCUUCUCUUCCCCCACUGCAGUCAGUGGCGGUUAUGCCAUCCUCUCCCAUGUGUGGGAGGGCGACAAGGAGCAAACAUUCCAAGACCUCCGAACCCUCGACCUGGCAUGCAAGGCGCUGAGAGUGAACCCGCGGGACCGCGUGUCCGAAAAGAUCCGACAGACAUGCUUGCUCGCGGAGCAGUACGACUACGACUGGGUCUGGAUCGACACCUGCUGCAUCGACAAGACGAGCAGCACCGAGCUCUCCGAGGCGAUCAACUCCAUGUUCCGCUGGUACGCGUCCGCGGAGGUCUGCUUCGCCUACCUCGCCGACGUCCCCAGCGACUGCGUCCUCGACGCGCCCGACUCCGCCUUCCGGCGCUCGCGCUGGCACACCCGCGGUUGGACCCUGCAGGAGCUCAUCGCGCCCCUCUUCGUCACCUUCGUCUCCCAGGACUGGCAGAUCAUCGGGACCAAACUCGAGCUCGCUACGCUGCUCAACAACAUCACCGGCAUCUGGACAAACGUGCUUACCAACCAGGCAUCGUACUCCACGAGCGGCGUCGCCGCGCGCAUGGCGUGGGCCUCCAAGCGGAUGACGACGCGGGUCGAAGACGAGGCGUACUGCCUGAUGGGCAUCUUCAACGUCAACAUGCCAACCAUCUACGGCGAGGGCCGACAGGCGUUCCAGCGCCUCCAGCAGGAGAUCAUGAAGCAGUCGUUCGACUCGAGCCUCUUUUCGUGGGGGCGCUGGGCCGCGCACUGGGUUAAGUGGGAGCCAAUGGAGAAGCAGCACAUGUACAACUCCUUCCUCGCCCCAUCCCUCACCAGCUUCUUCCUCCUUGCCCCAUCGCCAUCAGUUUUUAGUGGCUCCAGUACGCUCCGAUACUCCCCCAAUGCCACGUAUCCUUUGCAGCCUUAUCUGCCGUGGCAGUGGAAACCUGAGCACAACGAACCGGAAGACGGCGAGAAGCGGACACUAGGGCCCUUUGGUGCCCUCGAACUUCCCCAGUUCCAGAACACCAACUAUGGGAUGAAGUGCCGCUUCCCCACGUUCGAAGUCAAAGGCAUCACUGUCGCCAUGAUCAUGGCCGACGAUAAGCGCGAUCACUACGGCAUCCUCCUGCAUCCCACUACCGAGCACCUCAGAGACUCGUCGCGCGUACGUUACAACGUCGGGUACGGCUUCAAGACGGACACUGGCAUCUCCUACGUGCGCCUCGUCAAGAUGGGCAACGACUGGUACAACCUCUCCUUCCUCGGUGAGCCCGUCAAGCCCGAAUGGCGCGACCUCUACAUCAUCGACUCCUUCCCCGAGUUCCGCAAGGUGGAGCGCCUCACCAUCUGCUACGCGCUCCACACCAUCCUCCCCGCCCCGCCCAUCCGAAUCCCGCACUGGCUCAUCAACCGCCUCGUCGCGCUCGGCUUCGAGCCCGUCCGCGCGCCGAUCAUCCGGAGCACCCCCAAGGACGGCCCGCGCGUCCCGCUCGUCGCGCAGCUCACCUUCGUCGACGUCGCCAACAAGGAGGCGGUCCGCCUCCGCUUCGGCACGUGCUUCCCCCCAGGCUCGUCGUCGGAGGGGGACGCCGGCGCCGCGGCGCACUGGGCGACCGCGUACCCGCAGCACGCCGCGAACUGGAACGACCCGAUGGGCGCGGUCGAGCACGACUGCGCGACGGACCACGUCCGGGACUGGCCCGGGUGGGCGCGCGAGUUCGUGGACGGGCCGGCGCGCGCGCGCGUCGUGCGCCUCGCGUUCACGCGCGGCAAGUUCGCGCCGGACGCGACGCUCGUGCUCCACAUGGAGCUCGCGGGGAGCGUGUGGGCGGGCAUGAUGGCGCGGAAGAACGUCCACUUCCGGCCCCGGGCGGAGAAGGAUGUGCAGGCGAUCUUGGCGGAACAGGCCGCGGAACGCGCGGUGGCGGACAGGCGACGGGAAGAGAAGAAGGAUGGCGACGCUGGGCGGGCGGAUGGUGCAGAGGGAGAUGGGUUGGUUGAGGCGAUUGGUGGUCUCGCGGUGUAG